ACUAUUUUGAACUUCAUUGAGAAAUAUGCUGGCACCUACAAGUGCAUCAUCCGGUACCCGUACAAUGUGAUUGAGUACAAUUUUGUGGUGGAGGUGGACUCAUCAACUACAACUGAGCGCAUUUGUGAAGCACGUGGCAAUACGCAUGCCAUCGAAAUAGUUGGCACAAUAGAUUACAAUGAGAAAGGAGUAUUCUACAACCCACGAAUGAAAGAACUGAACUCAGAAGUUCGCCAGUUGUUUGAAACAAAACUUUGCACGUUGCUACACGAGUCUCGAAUUGAUAUACAACUGAAGCCAACUUUCCACAUAUCGUGCGCGCUGAUCGAUGUGCACCCGAUCAGUAGUGAGUUUGUGUUGGUUUUAAAAGUGCAUGACGAGCACUUGAAGUAUCUCGGUUUUGAAAUGAACCGUGACGGUGCAAUGAAAGCGAUUCAAUCCAUUUACAACAGACCUUCAUCCCAUGACAAUAUGUUAUUUUACUUCAAGACUUUGUCUCCAGCAUACCAGACCGUCUUUAUCGAGGGUGCACUAUAUAUUGACAAAACGCGAGUGGAACAUACACCGGAUUACGAUAAAUGGGACAGUGAUGAAUUUCAACAGCUGGAUGAGAAAGUCUGUUCCCUGAUUGAAACGUGGUGCGCGAAAGACAUUUUGUUACGUGAACUCCCGAUUGACUGUACUGCAUACGCAAUGGAUUUGGAUUCCAAGUUGGUCGUACAACUGUCGGUCUACAACAGGGACUUGGUGAAAUUGGGUAUUCCGACCGAUGAGAGAUCAGUGGCAACGGCAAUUGAAAACUGGUUUGCACGAAUUCCGGAGGAUUUCAAUAACGUUGAAUAUAGACCUCAUGUGAUACUACCAUAAACCAUGGUCACGAAGAGACUAUCUGUACUGUACACGAAAAAAUUGGAAAGUCUACCACCGCAGGCGGAAUCCAAUCUGGAGUUCUUUUGCAAACACGUACGGCUCAGGGUCAAUUUGCAACUUCAUGGUAGCCCUAAGCCCGUGCUUCACAAAUGCGAGCAACUACAAUACAACAAUGAACAGCGUGCAGUCACAUUGCGGUUACUGAUACCACAACAAGAAAUGACGUACUACAAUGUGGAGGAUAUCAGUGUUAUUUGGACUGACUGA